AUGGUUGUGCUUGGAACGAAUGGACGUGUGCUUAUGCUGCAGCAGGGGGGGCAUUUGGGCAUUCUGAAAUUUGCCCGUUCCAAUGGUUGUCCCUGGGAUACACAGACCUGUGCUAGAGCUGCAAGGGGUGGACACUUGGACAUUCUGAAAUUUGCCCGUUCCAAUGGUUGUCCUUGGGAUACACAGACCUGUACUAGUGCUGCAAGGGGUGGACACUUGGACAUUCUGAAAUUUGCCCGUUCCAAUGGUUGUCCCUGGGAUGAAAGGACUUGUGCUAAUGCUGCCCUAGGGGGGUACUUGGAUGUUCUCAAAUGGGUGCGGGAAAAUGGAUGCCCAUGGGAUGGAAUGACAUGCUGGAUGGCUAGCGAUCAAGGGCACAAGGAAAUCCUGCAGUGGGCUCAUGACAAUGGAUGCCCAGAUCUCCAAUGAACUCAACAAUGUUUCUGAGCAAAUCGAUGGCAUUGCCCGCGACAAUCAACUUCACAGUAACUAUCAACUCCAGCGAUUGAUAAAGACGUAGAUGCGCAACAACACUGCUAGAAAGCAUCUGGUAGAUGUGGCCCCUCUGCGUCGCAACGUUGCGAUUGUUUUGCCAUUUUCCAUGUUGCCUCACGUGAAAUCAGCCAAAAAAUACUAUUAUUAAGGUGCUCUGAAACUAUGGUU